AUGUUGCAUUCAAGGCUCUUCCUCCUCCACACCCUCCUCCUUCCUUUUCCUUCUCCCACUUUGGCAUACACCUGGCCAAAUCCACAAACCGACAUCUUAGAGGCUAUAUACUACCAACAGAUUGGCUACGAUGGACGUAGAUUCAGCGCGUUCGUUAGAACAUGCGAGACUGGGAAUAACCUUGGAGCAGGACGAACCAACAGCGCAGAAUGGAUACGGACGGCUUAUCACGAUAUGGCGACGGCGGACGUCGAGGCAGGUAUCGGAGGGAUGGAUGCCAGCAUCGGCUUUGAGAGGUUCCGCUCAGAGAACGUUGGUUAUCACGCUUUUACCGACAGUCUUUUAUUCUUCGCCGACUUCAUGAGCGCGUAUUCAUCCAUGGCCGACCUGAUCGCCCUCGGCGCUGUCAUGUCCGUUACCGCGUGCACCAUGUCACCAAACCGGAAACCGCUCUUUUUACCAUUCAGGGGGGGGAGAAUCGAUGCUACGGAGCCCGGGCCCUUUGGUAUCCCGGAACCACACCAUGAUCUCGCAAGCCACACGAAUAGCUUUAAGAAGCAAGGCUUCAAUGCCACCGAGAUGAUUGGUCUUGUGGCUUGCGGCCAUAGUCUAGGCGGUGUCAAUGGACGUGACUUCCCAACGAUUGUUCCGGUCAAGAAUGACUCGAAAUUUGACACCAGCCAGUCGGUGCUCGACAACAACAUGUGUGUUUCAAACACUGUACCAAAAGGGGUUCAGUUGUCCGAAGUUAUCACGCCUAUCCCCGUGAAGCCAGACAAUCUCUUUAUCACGAUAAAUGACAACGGUGGCAUGACCAUCAAGGGGGAUAUAAGGGCCUGGCACCCCCAUGCGCCCUCCUUCGAAUGGUGGAAUUUCACGACAACCGUCCCCGUCAGCCAGGGUCUCGCCUCCUUCACCGUCGAGGUCAUCGACGGCAGUCACUCCUCAAUACACGACAAUGGCGGAAACGGCUUCCCAUUACAAACAGACCUCAUACCCCAAACUCAGCUGUCCUGUAGCGCCGUGUACAUGGGAAGAGCCUACAUGCUCAAUCUGACCGUGGCGGUCCGAGACGAGCUCAACUUCCAAGAUAUUAAACUCACCGUCCCGAUCCCCAUGCGGCAAGCCGAGUCCAUGGUGCCCCGGUUUGAGUCGCAUGUUCUCAACAUGGAGAAGACGGGGAUCAUUCCAGCCACUGGAUACUCGCUGUAUACGGGCUAG